AUGACAUCCAGAUACAGAGUUGAAUACGCAUUAAAGGUUCACCGUCGCGAUGAGUUCAUCGAGUGGAUCAAGGGCCUUUUGGCUGUUCCCUUUGUUCUUCAUUCGGGGAAUGGAAUUACCGCGUCUACUUCGUCAACCGGCCAAAACACCAAGGUUACAGCCGACGCCAGAAGACGAUAUGCGGAGGUCUUCUACGACUUGGAACGCUUGAUCGAAGACAAGAUUACGCAAGAUAAUUGCAAUACGCCGGGAAAUUCCCGUUUGAAACAGUUGGUGCCCACUGUGGGGGAAUUCUAUACCAAGUUGCCCUUGGAACGCGCGUUCUAUGUGGAGGAUGCGCGCAGAUCCAUUAGUGUGAGACGCUUAGUAGCUCCUUCCUUCAACGACGUCAGAUUAAUCCUCAAUACCGCCCAGGUUUUGGCCUUAUCUGCUUCUGGCCUGAACCCCUUGAAGUUAGUCACCUUCGACGGGGACAUCACCUUGUAUGAAGAUGGACUCUCUUUGACUCCUGACGCACCAAUCGUGCUGCGUUUGAAGAUUCUCUUGAAGAGAGAUCUCUACGUGGCAUUGGUUACCGCCGCAGGAUACGCUGAAAUCAGUGGUGAAAAGUACUAUCAACGAUUGAAGGGGUUGCUUGAUCUGUUGGUGGAUGACCAGGAGCUAACCGAUAGACAGAAGCGGAACUUGCUUAUUAUGGGUGGUGAGUCUAACUUCUUAUUUAGAUACGACACUGAGACGUCCAGGUUGAAGUAUAUUGCCGACGAGGAAUGGCAGCUUGAAAAUGUCAAGAACUGGGACGUGGUAAACAUCACCAAGACGCUUGACUUUGCGGAGAAAGUGUUGGGGAGGGUGAAGGAGCAGUUGAGUUUGCCUGCAGUAAUCAUCCGCAAAGAGAGAGCCGUAGGGAUUGUGGCACAGCCAGGUAACAAAUUGUGCCGCGAACAGUUAGAAGAGAUUGUUUUGACCUGUCAGAAGAAGCUCGACAUCUUUGCUCCCGCUCAGGGGAUCAAGUUUUGUGCCUUUAAUGGUGGUAGUGAUGUCUGGGUAGAUAUUGGUGACAAAGCCCUUGGGGUGGAGUCUUUGCAAAAGUACAUUGGAUUUACCGAUUUGGGGUUGAACCACGGAAUUGGCAAGGGCCAGACUUUGCACGUGGGUGACCAGUUUGCCGCAAUUGGUGCCAAUGAUUACAAGGCCAGAUUGAGUGCUUGCACUGCCUGGAUCGCUAAUCCUACAGAGACAGUGGAUAUCUUGGACGAUUUGAUCCAGUACAUGGAUGAGGAAACCGCAAUGGGGUUUGUGUAG